CGGUUGGGGCCCCGUCCACAGACCGCGACCCCAAAAUGGCGAGUCGGGGUACGGUCCCUGGGAGCUAGAGGGUUUGGGUGGGGGACUGAACUCUCUAGGCCCCCUGCGCCCCCGGAUCUUGGCGCUGCAGUCGCCAGGCCUCGCGCGCUUUCGCGACACCGCCUCCGGCAGUGGCACAGCCCCCGAGAGCUUCCUCCUCGGAGCAGCGGGGAGGCGUGGAGACUUUAUAGUCGAGUGGAGAAAGAAGGAAGUGGCGUCCGCGGGAGCCAGAGCUGCGUGGAGGUAAUCGAGAAACUGAUUUUCCCUUUCGAGUUCGUCCGGAGAACUCCUGACAAAUACCGGCCGCACGUGCCAGUUGCAGGCUUUGGGCCGGCUGCGUGGCGUGCCCUUGGGGAGAAGAUCCACUCAUUGCUUUUGUACCAAACCUGACAAGGCCUCAGUUGUCAAAGGUGGCACCAGGAGGAUGUCACACAUAGGAGUAAAACUGUUCCUAGAGCAAAUGAUGAUGAGACAUCUGAAAGUGAAUGCAUGCUUGUACCCACACAUGGAGGCUUUGUGGGAGACAGAGGGGUCUGUGAAAGAGAGCUCCAGUCAGAGUAAGAAAUCCAGCCCACAAAUGGACAGUCUUGGUCCUGAGAGCGCUCGCCAGCACUUCCGGAGCUUCUAUUAUCAUGAAGCACCUGGACCGCUCGAGGCUGUCAGCCAACUUCAGGAAUUAUGCCAUCAGUGGCUAAGGCCAGAGAUCCACUCAAAAGAGCAGAUCUUGGAACUGCUGGUGCUAGAGCAGUUCCUGACCAUUCUGCCCAGGGAUACCCGGGACUGGGUGCAGAAGUAUCAUCCACAGAGCAUCAAAGAGGCUGUGGCCCUGGUAGAACGCUUUCAGAGAGAAGCUGGUGGAAUAAGUAAUGAGGUCACAGACCAUGAGCUGGGAAAGGAGGCAGUGCUCUUGGGAGGAACAGCAGUGGCCCCAGGCUUUAAGUGGAAACCAGCAGAGCCCCAACCAAUGGGUGUGUUCCAGAAAGAAUGUUGGAAUACAUACCGGGUACUACAAGAACAGCUGGGCUGGAAUACUCACAAAGAAACCCAGCCUGUAUAUGAAAGAGCUGUGCCUGCUCAACAGAUUCUAGCCUUUUCUGAGCAAAAAAACACCCCAAACUGGAAGAUGGCAUCUGAGCUCACCUUGCCUGAGUCCCAGAGUUUGUUGACAUUUGAAGAUGUGGCCGUGUCUUUUUCCGAGGAAGAAUGGAAGUUACUGAACCCUGCUCAGAAAAUCUUCUACAAUGAUGUAAUGCAGGAAAACUAUGAGAAUGUCGUCUCUCUAGGGUUAAAGAUCAAAAAUGACACUGGAAAUGACCAACCUAUAUCUCUUUCUACAUUAGAAACACAAGCAGCAGGAUGCAAAGUAUUAAGAAAGUCCAGAAUGAAAGUUGCCCAGAAAACAACGGGCAAAGAAAAUCACGGUGGUACACACAGGGUACGGAAACGGCAUCGAGCUUUUCUAGGAAAGAAAAGAAAGAAACUUUCAACUUGUAAACAAGAGCUUCCAAAACGUAUGGAUCUUCAUGGGAAAGGCCAUGCAGGAGAGAAACCUUUUAAAUGUCAGGAAUGUGGGAAAAGCUUCAGAGUUAGCUCUGACCUUAUUAAGCACCAGAGAAUUCACACUGAAGAGAAACCCUAUAAAUGUCAACAGUGUGAUAAGAGGUUUAGAUGGAGUUCAGAUCUUAAUAAGCACUUAAUGGCACACCAAGGAAUAAAACCAUAUAGAUGCUCAUGGUGUGGGAAAAGCUUCAGUCAUAACACAAAUCUACACACACACCUAAGAAUUCACACAGGAGAGAAGCCCUUUAAAUGUUAUGAAUGUGGAAAAAGAUUCAUUCAGAACUCCCACCUUAUUAAACACCAGAGAACCCACACAGGUGAGCAGCCUUAUACUUGUAGCAUAUGCAGGAGAAACUUUAGCAGGCGGUCAAGCCUUCUUAGACACCAGAAACUCCAUAGGAGAAGGGAAUCAUGUCCAGUGUCUCCAGUCUGAUGAAAGAAUACAAAAUUAUGAGACAUCCAAUGAUAGGAAUCUGUCAUCAACAGAAAAUUUGGGAGGGGUACAUGUCAUGUUUCACAGAAAGGAAUGUAAGCUGUCUCUCUUAUUCGGCAUUGUAUCUUUAGUGCCUAGCACAAGACUGAUACAUAAUGAGUACUUUAUAAAUAAAAGAAUGAAAAUAUAGCUAUCA